AUGACCGUUACCGUCACCAUUACCAUGACCAUCACUGUUACCGUUACAGUCAUCGUCACUGUUACCAUUACAGUCAUUGUCACCGUCACCGUCAUCGUCAUCGUUAUUGUUAUCGUUACCCUUACUGUGACUAUCACCGUAAUUGCCAUUACUGUUACGUUUAGCGUUACCGUCACUGAAACCGUUACCGUCACCGUUGCUGUUAUCAUCACCGUCACCGUUAUCAUCACCAUCACCGUUACCAAUACCGUCACCGUUAUCGUAGCAGUAAUCGUCAUUGUUACCAUUACUGUUACUGUUAUCGUUACCGUCACCAUUACCGUCACCAUCAUGAACGUUAUCGUCACCAUUACCUUUAUCGUGACUAUCCCCGUUACCGUUACCAUCAUCGUCAUCGUCACCGUCACCAUUAUUAUUACCGUUACCGUUACCGUGACCAUCACCUUAAUUGUCAUUACUAUCACGUUCACCGUUAUCGUCACUGUUACCAUUACCAUCGCCAUCGUCGUUACAGUAACUGUCAUUGUCACCGUCACCGUUAUCAUCACAGUCACCAUCACCGUUAUUAUCACUGUUACCGUCACUAUUACUAUCAACAUAACCGUUACCGUUACCAUCACCAUUACGAUUACCAUCACCGUUACCAUUAUUGAUGCGAACCUCAAUCGACACACUUUGAGACCUAACAAACAGUAUUGGAAUAAUUGCCCAAGAAAGCUAAAAUACAGAUUUUUAAUAGAACCUUGA